UGCUGAUGCUGUCCAGGCUAAACAAGCCCAGCUCCUCCUUGUGCUUCUGGUCCUUUACCCUCUCUGCUGGCUUUCUCCAGCAAAGCUCCUGGCAGGGAGCUCAGGAGAGCAGCCCGGCUGGGUUUGUGCCAAGGUGUGCCAAACCUCUGCCAGCUGGCAGUGAAGGUUUGGCCUUCUCCAAGAAGUUGCUGUGGAGUAAAUUCAAGCCUGAGCCGUUUGUCACCAUCAUUCCAGCAUGGAUCCCCUGACAGGGUCACUCAGUGGACGUGAAUCGAAGAUUUUUCACCUUAAAUCCAGUGACAGCGAGCAAAUCACACGCACCAGCCAUGAGGAAUUAAGUGGAGCGUGGACAAAUGGUCCUGGAGAAGUAUCCCAACACACCCAUGAGCCAUAAAGAGAUCCUUCAAGUGAUCCAGAAAGAAGGACUUAAGGAAAUCAGGCUGCACUCCACCUGCAGAAGUGGCACAUCCCCCCUGGCCUGCCUGAAUGCCAUGCUGCACACCAACUCCCGCGGAGAGGAGGGCAUCUUCUACAAGGUGCCCGGCAGGAUGGGCGUCUACACCCUCAAGAAGGACAUCCCCGACGGGCUGAAGGAGCUGUCGGAGGGCUCGGAGGAGAGCAGCGAUGGCCACCACUCUGACUCGCAGAGCUCGGAGCACAGCAGCUCCAGCAGCGACGCCUGCGCCGCCAAGGACAGGAGGAAGAGCAGGUGGAAAAGGAAAGUGUCGUCGCGCCUGGCCCCCGCGGGCUCCCCGCAGCCCGGCUGCCCCUCGCCGUCCAUCCCUGCCAAGGGCCUCUCCUGCUCCCAGAAGCACAGCAAGAAGGCCCUCAAGCAGGCCCUGAAGCAGCAGCAGCAGAAGCAGCAGCAGCAGCAGCAGCAGCAGUGCCGGGCGGGCAUGGGGCCGGGCAUGGGGCCGGGCAUGGCCCUGCCCUCCAGCCAGCACGUCCUGCUCAAGGCCAAGGCCACCCCUGGGCGCUCAGGCUGGGAAGGGAAGCAGGCAGAUGGACAUUCCAGCAGCCCCCCAAACUCCACGUCCAGCUCCUCGCCCUCGGUGAAGCUCGAGAACUCCCUGCCAGGGCUGCCCAAGAAGCCCUUUGCCAGAUCUGACAGGCUCCAUGCACGUAAGAGAUGGAUUCCCUGCUUCUCCUGCUUUCCCAGGGCUUUUUCCUCCAGUGCCAGGGCAAAACUAAACCGGCAGAAUGGAGUGAAGUGUGUUCAUGGCAUUGCUGAGGGGCCCUGGGAGGGGCUGCUGGGAUUGGGAUCAAUAAUUCAUCAUUGCAUCCUCAGAUCAGCCCUUCCCAGCUGGGCCUCUCCUGGGGAUUCCCAGCUGUUGGACCUAACAGUGGAACAGGGGCUGGCAGGACAGGGGCUGGAUCAGCCCUUCAGGGAGGGAGCCUGGGGGCUCUGCGGUGACAUGGGGGACAAGCUCCACUCAGAGCCACGGGGUUUGCAGCACCCCAAAACUGCCUGGGAGGCAUCCGAGGGUCGGACACAUUUCUUGUCUCAAGGCAGGGACAGGAGGGGUUUCUCCAAAGGGAUUUCUCCACCCCCACCACGAGAUCUCUCAGAGGAAACUGCAAACCCCAGCCCGUGGGUCGGUGUUGCCGUGUCUCAGCCGCGCUUUUCUCCCACUCUCUUGCAGAUUCCCGUGUCCAGAAUCUCCCCGAUGCCAUUUCCUGCGAGCCAGGUCUCUCCCAGGGCGUGCUUCCCCCUGUCCCUCAGCAGUCCGGGCAGGACAGGGGCCAGGACCUUGGCCGACAUCAAGGCAAGAGCCCAGCAGGCCAAGGCUCAGAGGGCAGCGGCCGCCGCCGCCGCCGCCUCGGCCGGGGGAGCCGUGCCGGGGCCCGGCCCGGGCGGGGGGAGACCCCCGGGCAGGGGGGGAGACGGGAGAGAGCCCGGCGGAGCCUCCCAAGCCGCAGCUGGAGCACAGGCACUGGAACUGGCAGGAACUGGAAGCGGGGGAGGUUCGAGAAGGUUUCUUCCCCGUUGCCCAGGGCCCCGUUCCCAGGUGGAGGGCCAGGCGGAGCCGGGAGCUGCUCGCCAUCCUCCUGGAGCACAACUACAGCCAGGGGCGGCCCCGGCGCUAGGGAACGGUGCUGGGGCCACUCCGAGCCCCCCGCGGGGCACGGCCACCCCCGGGUCCCCGGGCACCCCCAGCGGGGACCGAGCGGGGACAGCCCCUCCUGCCCCGGCCCGGGGGGCUCCGGCGGCCGGGAAUGGGAAUGGGAACGGUCCCUCGGCGGGGACCGGCUGUGACCUUCCCAAAGGCAAAUCUCCUUCCCCUCUGGUGUCCCCCCCGCCAGCUGCGGGCCCCGGAGGCCAGGCUGGAGCUGUGGGUGCACCCGUCCCACCCUCCAGCAGCUCCUCAGUAGCAGCCAGCCUUAAAUCUCCUGCCGGUGGGGCCCUGCCCCGAGCGAGCUCCAGCAUUCCUGCCAACAACCCUUUGGUCACCCAGCUGCUCCAGGGCAAGAGCGUCCCUCUGGAGCAGAUCCUGCCCAAGCCGCUCACCAAAGCAGAAAUGAAAACCGUCCCGGUGGCUGCUCAGGAAGAGAAGGGGGCGGCAGCUCCCGGUGCGGCGGGGAACGGCGCCGAGGCGGGGGACAGAGCAUCGGCUUUGCCCCCGCAGCAGCUCGGGAAGAUCUUCUGCCAGAACAGGCCCCUGCCUCACAUUCCAAGGACCUUCCCGCUCCCCUCGGGAAAGGACCCCGGGCCUGAGCAGCACCAGGGCCACGAGGCGCUCAGCAAAUCCACCCAGGAGCAGAUCCUGCAGACUCUCAUCAAGAGGGUGCAGAGGCAGAACCUGCUGCCCGUCCUCCAGCCCUCGCAGCUGAACCUCCCGCACUCAGGUUUCCCGGUGGAAAACAGCUCCACCAGCCAGAGAUUCAUGCUGGGCUUCACGGGCAGGAGGACGUCCAAGCCUGCCAUGUCCGGGCACUACCUGCUCAACAUCUCCACCUACGGCCGCGGCUCGGAGAGUUUGAGGAGAGGCUUCUCCCUGAACGCCGAGCCCCGCCUGGGGCUGAGCAGCCCCGCCGAGGGUGCCAGGGCAGAGCUCGGGGAGGGCGAGGACGUGGGCGGCAGCAGCAGCAGCGAGGAGGACGCGGACGACGAGAGCUCCGGGGACGAACGGGAGCGCAUCGGCGUCAAAGAGGAGCCACGGGCGGGGCAGGGCGAGAAGGAGCAGGGCUCACACGGCCCCGCGGAGCCCGGCUCCCUGGGGGCGAAGGCCGAGGCGGCCCCAGUGCCACCAGCAGCCAAGGAGAAGGCGGCGGCGCUGGACGGCACCGCGCUGGCCCGGGACCUGCUGCAGGCGGCACAGGAGCAGAUGGCCCACGCCAUGAGGGGCAAGGGCCACGGCGGCACGGAGCUCUUGGUGCCCCCCACCCCGUCCCCGGACCCGGCGCAGCCCCCGCUGCUCCCUGCCCCGCACCCCCCGAAGCUGCCCGGGAGCGCCGGGGCGCAGCUGCUGGGGCCCAGCUACAGCGGCACCAUCAACGUCUCCACCUCGCCCGACGUGGGCCAGGGCUCGCUCAUGAGCGAGUGCAACCAGCUGGCCAGCUCCAUGGGCAACGUCAUGUCCUUCUCCGUGACCGUCACCACCAUCCCCGCCGGGCAGGCUGUGAACUCGGGCGGCCACGGGCAGAGCCUCCCGGUGCAGGCGUUCGCCGAGGACGGCGCCGUGGAGGAUCCCCCUUCCAAAUGUUACUGCAGGUUGAAAGCCAUGAUCAUGUGCAAGGGCUGCGGUGCCUUCUGCCAUGACGACUGCAUCGGCCCCUCCAAGCUCUGCGUCUCCUGCCUCGUCGUGCGGUAACGGGGGCGGCACGCGGGCGGCAGCACGGCUUCCUCCGGGGGCUGCUGUGGGAAGGAUCUCGGGAAGAAACAGGAAUUUUACUGCCUUGCACAAGAGACACGUUACUGAAUCAGGAAUACAGAGUUAGAGUCCUUCUUUCAUUAACGAAAGAGCACCUUCUUGUACAGGGAGUCGAAAUCGCGCUCGACUACGUGAAUCGUGACAAGAGUUUGCACUUAAGGAAUUAUGUAAAUACGCCACAUUAUUUUGUUUAAAGAUAUUUUUUCAAUCUUUUAGGAGCUAGUGUUUGACUUGUACUGCAGUUCCAGUAACCCCAGCCUGCCGUGAGCACGUUGGUGAGCUCUGCUCUCCCCGGGGAGAUCCAGCCCGCGGCCCACUGCUGGUUUUCUCCUGGCAGAGGGAACGGGAUAAUCCGAGUCCAGCCGUGUGUGGUGAUGGAGCACCGAGGCAGGAGCCCCGAGCAGGCUCCCGUGGCUGCUCCUGGUUCGGAUCCCCGGGAGCCGGGCGGCAGCAGCGAUGCCGUGCCAGCCUUUCCCUCCAUUGCCUUCCCUCUGUUGCAGAGGCUCCCGGGCUGUGCAGGGCGGGCUGGGGUUCCUGCUUUGCAGAUCCCCUCUGCCAGCGUCCCAGCUGAAGGGAGCUGUGCUGCUGCUGGAGCUGCAGGGAGCUGGGCUGGCCAUGGCAGUGACCACAACAGCUCAGUCCUGGGGGCUGCCAGUGACCCAGCAGGAGCAGGGGACACACAGCUGUGCUUGGCCGGGCAGGGCUGGCAGGAGC